AUGGCUGUCAAGGGGACAAAGAAGCGCUCCGCGCAUAGCUCACAAAGGCCGUCCAAGAAGCGCAAAUUAGCCGACGAUGGGAAGUCGGCGAAAGCAAAGGUCAAAGGCAAGGACCGUGCAUCCGACAAGCCUACCAUCGAAAUCCCCAACCGCGGAGACGAAGACGACGUCGAACUUUCAGAUGACGACCUGGAGCUCCUGCAAGAAUACGGGGGCGCAGUCUCUUUCCUCACUGCAUUAGACGAAAAGGGCAUCGCUAGGAGCAAAAAGGAGACAGAGCGGUUACACUUGCUCAAUAAACCGGUCCGAAAAGCCGUAGAUGACGACCUCCCCUCUAUACACUCACAUGAUUCAGACGAAGACGACUGGAGUUCCGGAGCCAGCGGCAUGGGGGAUCUGUCCUCGGACGAAGACCUCUCAGAUGACGAAGACAUAUCCGACGAUUCCGAAGCGGAGUCCUCGACAAAAACGACAGAGAAGCGUCGGCGAAAACGAAAAGACGACUCUGACGAAGAGGAGAUGUCCUAUGAAGCCCAGCCCCGGAAACGCCACGCGUCCUGGGAGCCUGAAAAAGACAAGGACAAAGGGAUCGAGCGGCUGCCCAUCAAGCUCGCGGACGGGCGGAUCCAGAAAAGCGGCGGCGACAACGUCGUGUUGGACAAUGACGAAGAGAGCGGUCCAGAAAGCGAAGAGGAGCGCGAAGAUGGGCAAGCGGCCGCGGAGGCUGCGCAACGGUACCGAGUGGAGGACGUCGCCACCGGCGCGCGGUUUGGCCGGCCUGCGGUGGUCGACGUGAUCGGCCUAAAGUCCCGGAAAGCGCGAAUACAGGGCGCGAAGGAGCAGAUCGCGGGGCUGUGCCAGGAGAUUCUGGGCGACCCAGAGAAUAGCCUAGGCCUGUUGCGGCGUCUGCACACCUUUUCCUUGCCCGCGGUUUCCACACCCACGCAUCCGGAGCCCGUUCCGAAUGACCCUGUCAUACGGAAGCUGACAAUGCUGUCACAGCUUGCGGUGUUCAAAGAUGUCGUCCCUGGUUACCGGAUACGUGCUUUGACAGACUUGGAGAAGGCUGAGAAGGUGAGCCAGAUGGUCCAACGUACCCGGGACUGGGAGCAGGGUCUCGUGAGCGUGUACCAAGCGUACCUGCGCGGUCUGGAGGCGGAACUCAAAGCGAAGAGCGAGCUCGCUGAGCCGGCGCUGCAUUGCAUGUGCACCCUGCUAGUGGAAGUGACACACUUCAACUUCCGCGUCAACCUUAUGAGUUCUAUAGUCGCCGCGCUAAGCCGGAAGUCCUGGGACAAAUCCUCAGAUUUGUGUCUCGAAACGCUCAUCAAGGUGUUCCGUGCCGACAACACCGGAGAGGCCUCGCUGGAAAUCGUGCGCCUGCUGAACCGGAUGAUCAAAGAGCGCAAGUACAACGUCCACCCGGAAGUACUGUCGUGCCUGCUCCACCUCCGCCUGAAGACGGAGCUCGGUGUCCGCUCGUCUGAUUCUAGAGCCGACAAGGAGCAUAGCGCCAGACCGAUGACCAAGGGCCGCGCCGCCGCAAAGCGUGCGAAGGGAAAGACCGUUGACCGGCCUUAUUUGAGCAAGAAGGCACAGAAGGUCAUGAAGGAGCGAAAAGAAAUCGAGAAGGAGAUGCAUGAAGCUGCGGCGGAGGUCGACAAGGAAGAGCGCGCGACGCGGCACACCGAGGCGCUCAAGCUGCUGUUCGUGCUCUACUUCAGCGUCCUCAAGAACCCGCGCCCAACACCGCUGCUACCUGCAGCGCUGCGCGGCAUCGCCAAGUUCGCGCACCUGGUGAACAUCGACUUCUUCAAGGACCUCCUACAGGUGCUCAAGAACCUCAUGGCGCGCGGCGCAGAGGACCCCGCGGACGGGGACGCAGACGCGCCCGCGCCGGGCCCGCAUGACGCAUCGAACAUCGCCACCGUACAGCACCAGCUGCUCUGUGUCGUCACGGCGUUUGAGCUCCUCUCCGGCCAAGGCGAGGCCCUCGACAUCGAUCUGUCCGACUUCAUCAACCGCCUGUACGCGAUCCUGCCCCAGCUCGCGCUCAUGCCGGACCGCACGCGCCGCCCCCCGCCGUCGACCGCGGACGUGCUCUUCCGCGCGCUGCACCUCGCGUUCACCCCGCGCUCGUCCGCGGCCGCCGCGCCGCCGUGGCGCUCCGCGGCGUUCGCGAAGCGGCUGCUCAGCGCCGCGCUGCAGUGGCCCCCCGCGAGUGCGGUGCGCGCGGUCGAGCUCGUGCGCGAGCUCGUCGAGCGCGACCCGAAGCUCGGCGCGCUGCUGUCGACGGAGGACCGCGCGGGGGACGGCGUGUACCGGGCGGACCUGGACGACCCGCAGCUGAGCAAUCCGUUCGGGACGUCGUUCUACGAGCUGCAUGCGCUUGCGGGGAGGCACUGGGCGGAGGCGGUGCGCGGUGCGGCGGGGAAGCUUUUGAAUUCCUCUUCAUAA